ACGUCGCGACCUUGUGUGCACCCCGGUUGCAUACGCGGGCGUCGUGCAUGUUUCUCAUGCGUGAGUGUUUGUUUCUCAUAGCUGGUGUGGUGGCACAGUCGAAGCACACGUCGGAGCAGGACCAAACCUUACCGUUGGAGCAGACCGUUGGAGCAGGGCCAGCGAGCGGGAGUGAGCAAGAGCGAGACUUUGCACCGACGAGCACGAAGCGAAGGGCAGAGUACGGACGUCCUGUGCUCGCCAAGGUGAUUGUCGUGUUCGACACGACAAUCACCUGCCAAGCACAACAGGUGAUCGUCGUGUUGAACACGACGAUGAACGGCGGCGCGGGGUUCAUUGAGGGGCGUUUGCUGAUCGCGAUGGCAAUUUCAGAGUGGAUGACCCCGGGACUUUGGCGCGAACGCAUUGCGUACCCUUUCCCCCCAUGCUCGCUGCGUGUCUCCGGGUGUCGAGAGUUCACUGUCAUUGACGGUGCAACGAGAAACAAUUUCGAGAGUGAUCCGUGGAUGACGGUCGUUCCGUUCUACACCACUCCCGUCGACUUGUGGCAGGAGUACGUUUGGGAGAAAAUGGUCGAGGACUGCCCUUGGGCGGAUGACUACAAAUUCCCGAAUAUGUGCGAGUUCGGGAGUUUAAUUCAUGUGCCCGCUGAUGUGCUAUGUUCAGUUCAGUGCCGUCACUUGAGUGCCACGCUGCUGUUUAACCGUCGCUACAAUGUUUUGGACUGUAACGUCGUGACUACUUCACCGCGCACAUGGCCCCGUUCGCUGAAACACGAGUUGCUCGCCUGUGCAAACCAUUCCGAUUUCAUCGACGCAUACCCCUUGCGAUCUCCCGGGUUGUUGCCUCGAACGGUUUCGUAUUGUUGCGUUAGACUGCGUCUUGGGAAGUGCUUUCGCUGUAGAGUCCUUUGCGUCACGUGCUCGAACCGGGAUGGGACCUUAACUGACGCUGUGGUCUACGUGUCCAGGAAUGAAUUGGACCUGGGUGAGGAACAGCAUGCCCGAACUGUGGGGAGCGGUCAAGAGUCUGGUGGCCGUGGUCAAGGGUCUGGUGGUGGUCCGAGCGGUCGAGGGUCUGGUGGUGGUCAACGGACCCGCACACAAGAUACAGUGCGGCAGGCAGGUUCGGGGGAGAGGUCUGUGCAUGGACAGGCAGAUAAAGUUCCCGUCAUAGACUACAAAGAUAAAUUCUGGAUGUUGGACUGGGUGGGCGAGGCGGGGCAGGCUGGAAGUGGUUUGAUGUUGUACGUGGUGUUCAGAGAAGAUAUUAGACCGAUAGGUGGUAUUCAAUCUUGGGCAGGGAGGGAUGGUCAGCUUGCCACUUUCGAGUUAACUAUGCAACUCAACGACAAAGGCCACAGAGUUGCAGAGACGAACCAUGUCGUUCUCAUGUGGCGAAACCACAAGGGAUAUGGACGAACGAGGUUUUUCAGGAGCUCAAGGCAUUGCGAAGACUUGAGUACUUGGAAGAAUUUUAUGACAGAUAAACAAGCCCGACAUUUGGAUAUAACUGGCGCAUUGAUGAGGGCGACGAGACCGGUGGGAAAAGGGGACAAGGCCCUAGCGGUAGANAACUGGCGCAUUGAUGAGGGCGACGAGACCGGUGGGAAAAGGGGACAAGGCCCUAGCGGUAGAGCGCGUGGAGAGGGAGGUGAACACCCAAGUGGUGACGAGGGCGGAGGUGACGAGGGAGGAUGUGAUAAGGGAGGUGAUAAGGGAGGGAGUGGUGAGGGUGGAGGAACAUCUGAAGCGCCUGGGUAUAGUCAGCCAACAACAGGCACAUCAGAAGGGCAAGCCCAUCGUCACCAUGAGAGAAGCGUCGGUGGUGAAGGAGGGCACAUCGACAUUCGUGGUUUGCUGCAGGUCAAGCUGUUUGCUGCAGUGGAACAGGUUGACGAAGGAUAUGAAGGUGGGCAAAGUGUCACCACAACACUCACAGCUAUCACAGUGACAGAUAAUGAAUGGUGUGAUGGCAGUGGCGCAAGUGUCUUCCCCAUUGGCGAGAAGGGCAAUAUUGGUAGCCCACAAGGCCAUAUGUGGAUGUCUAUGGAUAUUUUGCCAUAUGGGUUGGGAAGCCAAGGGCAGCUCAGGGCAUCAUUGGAUGAAACCAUGUAUCUGGCGGAAACGGAACAGCAACUCGAGGCUCACACUCCACUUGAUGAAGAGACACUCAAAGGCGACUUAGAGAUUCCUAAUGAAUUUCAAAGUCCGAUAUCAGAGGAGAAGGCACAACGAGGGUCUCAGGAGGCGGGUACUGUAACAGGCUACCAGGAGGAAGCUAUGCUUGCGGAGGAGAUGGAACCGGACGGCGAGCCUAACAGUCCAUUUGAUGAAGACAUCCCUGGCAGCGACUUCGAUACUGGUACUUGAGGGUCUCAGGAUUCGCCUAUUGUAUUCGAUACU